AUGUUCCGCAGCCUGCUGGUGGCGGCGGCGCAGCGGCCCCCGGCCCCCACCCCCCCUCCCGGCCCCCCCCGGGCUCCGCCGCCCCCGACCCCAAGUCCCGAGGCUCUGGAGGCUCAGUUCAGCUGCCCCAUCUGCCUCGAGGUCUUCCACCGAGCCGUCGGCAUCGCGGGAUGCGGACACACGUUCUGCGGGGAGUGCCUGCAGCCCUGCCUCCAGGUGCCGUCCCCGCUCUGCCCGCUGUGCCGCACGCCGUUCGACCCCAAAAAGGUGGAGAAGGCAUCGGGGGUGGAGAAGCAGCUCUCGUCCUACAAGGCCCCCUGCAGAGGCUGCAGCAAAAAGGUGACCCUGGCCAAAAUGCGCUCUCACGUCUCGUCCUGCGCCAAGGUGCAGGAGCAGAUGGCCAACUGCCCCAAAUUCGUCCCCGUUGUCCCCACGUCCCAGCCCAUCCCCAGCAACAUUCCCAACCGCUCCACCUUCGUGUGCCCGUACUGCGGGGCCCGCAACCUGGACCAGCAGGAGCUGGUGAAGCACUGCAUGGAGAACCACCGCAACGACCCCAACAAAGUGGUGUGCCCGGUGUGCUCGGCCAUGCCCUGGGGGGACCCCAGCUACAAGAGCGCCAAUUUCCUCCAGCACCUCCUCCACAGGCACAAGUUCUCCUACGACACCUUCGUGGACUACAACAUCGACGAGGAGGCGGCACUGCAGGCUGCUCUGGCUCUGUCUCUCUCCGAGAACUGAGGGCUGCCGCGGAGCUUCUCUUCGCUUCGGCCCCCUCCUCACGCCCCUUUUGCACACUCGACCUUCCCGCUGGGGCAGGCACGGGGCUCGUGGCCCCCUGGGACCCACCACCUCUCUUCCCUCUUCUCUCCGGGCUGAUCCCACCUCCGGGAAGAAGGUGGAGACCCCUCGGCCUCACGGCGGGGCGAGCGGAGACGUCGCUGCCGGGAGCAGAGAGGCGGCCGUGCCGAAGGGCUGGGAUCCUUCCUCGUGUCCGUGCCCGGAGCAUACGCACCUGUACCCAGAGCUAUUUAUCAGUAGAUGCUUUUUGGCACCGUUCGUCUUCAUGCUCUUUGUCGCAGUUCGAUAGGCAGGUAAAAAAAAAAAAAAACAAAAAAACGACACCAAACGAGGCGUUUCGUGCAGAAAUGCCCCGGUUCUGAACCACGCCCAGGCCACGGCCCUUUCUGAAAAGGAAGAAGACAGCACGGAGCGGUUUGGGUUUUUUUAUAAACCCUGCGAGGUGUUUCUGGAGCCGUCGGUCUGUCCUGUCCCCCACGCUGCAGACAGGAGGGAGCUGCCUCAUUUUCCUGCAGCCCGGAGCAAGACUCUUGCCCUCGUGUGCCCCGUGAGAGCAGCGGGAUCGGGGCUGUCCCGACAGCCCAGGGGAGCUCCCCAAACUCCCACCCUCCUGGUUUUGUACCGCCUCUUGCCCUUGCGUUUUUCUAUACGAACUGGCAGGCUGCCUUUUCCACGUUUUGUAGAGCGGGAGCAGGAGCUCUUUACUCUUUACGCUGCAAUAUCCGUCGCCGGGGACGAGAGUAUUUUUAUGGAACGUUAUUAAGAAAGUCUAUUUUUUAAGAAAAAAAAAAAAAAAAAGACUAAAAACGAAAACCAAACGCUCUGUGGAUUGGGAACCGGGUGGGAGGGAGGAGCUGGACCACGGCGAGCGUGCACAUUUCCUCCUCCAUCACCUCCGGGCUGUCCCCUUCUGCGCUCAGCUUCCCUGCUGGAGGUGUCAGCGCCUCGUCGCUCAGCCCCACGGCUCCUAGAUGGGAAGAGGAGCGGGCAGCAGCGUGCUGGGAGCUGCCUGGUGGAGGACCAGCUCUCCUCUUUGGGUUCUCCGAGAGCUUCUUGCAUGGCUGUGGUCCCCGAGCUGCUACCUCCUGGCUGGGCUCUGCGGGAUCUCGCCGUGCUCGGCGGCUGGAGCAGCUUCUCCGAGCUGGCUCCUGGCACUGCUCCGGGCUCUGAGUGCUGGCGCAAGGCUGGGGGCUGGAUUUCCUUCCUCUCUCUGUGCCCGCUGAUCUCUCAGACGCUUGUAAUUAAACAUGAAACGCUGCUGGAGAGCCAGGACCAAGGGGUUCGUCCCGCUGGGCUCACACAAACUGCUGGGAAUCGCCCGAGUUGGAUUUUUUUUUCCUCCAAAAUUGCAGCGCUGCUGGAAGCCCGUGGCCACAGAGAUGGAGCGUGGCAGGAAAGGAUUUCACCCAGCAGCUUCCAGCCCCUGCAGCAGCAGCACAAACCCUUGCAGGCAGGGCUGCUCUGAGGGAUGCGCCGUGGUGUCCCCGUGCCAAACGUGGCAGUCCCCGUGCGGUGCCCAGGCACCCUGCUGCCCUUUUGGGGUGGCACCGAGGGGACCGAGGCUCACGGGGACUUGCCCAUAAGGCUGGGCAGUGCUCAGGAGGGCAGCAGCCCCCCACCCCGUGCGCUGAAGGGAUGCUUCAGGGACCCCAAGGUGCCCGUUUGGGGCUGUGCCCCCGUGUCCUAAAGGUCGGGGUGCUGCUGCUGCUGUGCCCUGGGGCUGUGGGGUGCCCGUGCCGUUGGGGUACCCUGGGUUCUGCUGUCCCCAUCCCUGCUCAAAGCAUCCCUUUGUGGUUUAUCCGAGUCCUGGCUCCCUCCAGCUCUGCUCUAGCAAUACUGGCUUUUUCCUACAAGUAGUACCGAGUGUUUUGGGGUCCGUGGGGUCCCUUUGGGGCAGGCACGGACAGCGUCUGUUCCCCUGGCAGAGGGCAGGGAGGAACGGGGGCUUCCCUUCCCAGCACCUGCCCAGCCUGGGGGCUUCCCCUGCUCCCAGUGGGACGGAGCAGGGGGAUCUGGAAGGGACCCAGCUGCAUUUCCCCGUCCCCUUUUUUUGGCUGGGACUCUCAGGUUAGAGGGCUCUGGCCCGUGCCGCUCUGGAGGAUCUGGGGCAGCACCGUGACCGCCUCCAUCUCCCUCCUCCUCUUCCUUUUUGCCCCAAAAAUGUCAGAGCAGGGGCAGCAGCGGCUGCUUUCCUAAAGCACUUUAAGGCCGUGCAGGCAGCUCCUGCCUCUCGCCCCCUUGGCAUGGGGUCGGGUCCGGCCGUGCUCACAGUGCUCCCCCCGACUUUUUGCAUCAGGAUUAGGACUUUUACUGGGACACACCGUUUUGUUUUUUUUUUUUGAAGAAGAAAAAUAAUUGACGAUGUAUUUGUAGCAAGCCAUUUUUCUCAAUAAAGGCAGUUUCAUCCA